UUUGGCAUCCCUGAUUAGAAGCAAACAUGUCCAAUUUUCAUUCGCGAGUCAAAAAAUUUCAAUUUAUGAAGGGUAAUAGAAAUGCUUGAAUUAGAAUAAGUUUUCAUUUCGUAGGACCUAAAUUACCAGACAUUAGUGCAAAGGAUUGCAACAAUGGCGACUGAUAUUGUUAAAGGGUAUACUGAUUUACAACAAGAGUUGAAUAAAGCUCGCGAUAAUCUUAAAGGUCUAAAUGAUACCAUUCGAAAAAUCAUUGGUAGGGAUCCUUCAGCCACGGAGCAAUACAAUACUGGAAAUAGUUUCGGUGGAUACUCCAGAAAUGAAAUCAGGAAGCGUAACCUGAAUGUAUAUGAACUCGCUCGAAAAACAGAACAAGAUCGCCAUUUUUUUGAAGGACAAAACCAAGCAAAACGGCGUGCCGUAUGUGAAACAAAGUCUGUAUUUAGUAGACUCUCCGGUCCACCAAAUCGUGAUGUUGAAUUCGAUAAACCAAGGAUACAUUCACGAGUUAUUAAAGAGCAACCAACACGGCAAGAAAUAGUAGCAGCUCAAGGAACUGACGAGCAAUCUCGGGCGCGAAAUCGUCGAAUUUUCGGAUCACUUUUAGGAACAUUGCAAAAAUUUUCUCAAGAAGAAUCCAAGCUUAAGCCGAAAGAAGAAAAAAAAGCCCAAAUUGAAAAAAAACUGGAAGAACAACAGAAAAUAGAACGAGAAAAUCUUCGCAAGCAAAAGCAAUGCUUAUUUACAGGACGCAAACGACAUCAAUUGGAAAUUCGAGCAAUAGAAACAAAAAUGAUAAAAAUGAGGGAUCUAGAAUCCUGGGAGGUUUCUAACAAACCCUUUGCCAACUACAUAAAAACUGGUACAAGACCCCAAAUAUUUUAUUUGCCAAAAAAAAUGAAUAUCAAAACGGAAAAGAAGCUCAAAGAUAGUCAAGAAGAACAUAGAAGAAUAAUAGAAAAACGGCGUCAAGAAGUACUCGACAGUAUUGCCGAUGUGGAGGCUCGUUUUCAAGCGGACAUCAAGAAACUUGAAGAAAAUGCGAAUCGUUCCAAAUUGGAUUCUGCUAAUUUAAAUGUUUCGAAACACGACCACACAAUUGCCGACGAGGACGACGAUUCUAAUGAAGACGACAAUUUAAAUAGUCCCUACAAUGAAAACGAUAAUUACGAGAACGUUGAAGGACCAGCACUACCUUCUUCCAUGGUAGCUCCUAAUUUUAAAAUUACUAUCCAAAAUCCUGAAAUCAAACAAGAAAAAUCGGAUCCUGCCCACAAAGUUGUGCGUUUAAUUGAAGGAUCGUCUAUUCCUUCAAUCAACGGUAAUGACGAACCUGAAAAUGUUUCAUUUUUGGUACAGGGUGAAAAUUUGCAGAUCACAUUCAAAACAGAUGACGAUUGUGAGUAAUGUUUUUGCACGUUAUACCACUGCACUCUAUAAACCAUAGAAAGUAGACGGAGACGCAGAGUUUCAAAUACAUGAGAAGAAUUUGUACAUUGCAGAGCGGGAACAUUUGGAUAGUUUGUUUUUACUAAUGAGUUUCCGUAUUCGAUCAUUAAAGUGUCAACAUGAAAAUUUCAUUAAAAAUAAUUAAAACUAAA